GUCUCCAAUGUUCUGGGCACUUGCUUUCGGCUGUCUUUACUUCCCACUAGCCUCAAUAAGUGCCCAAGCACAAGGACAUGCUCCAUCAAAGUUGCCAACUUCAACCCCAACAGCAGCAUCUUCUCCCACUUCUUCUGCAACUGUUAAACCAACACUUCCUAAGGUUGCAUCUCCAACAUCAUCUCUUCCUGUUCCUGUUCAAUCACCACUUCCUAAGGCUACAUCUCCAACAUCUGCUCCUGUCAAAACACCACUUCCCAAGAUUGCAUCUCCAACAUCUGCUCCUGUUAAAACACCAGUUCCUAAAACUACAUCUCCCACAUCUGCUCCUGUUAAAACACCAGUUCCUAAGAUUACAUCUCCGACAUCUGCUCCUGUCAAAGCACCAUUUCCCAAGACUACAUCUCCGACAUCUGCUCCUGUCAAAGCACCACCUAAGACCACAUCUCCAACAUCUGCUCCUGUUAAAACACCUGUUCCUAAAACCAUAUCUCCAACAUCUGCACCACGUCCAAAAACUACAUCUCCAACAUCUGCUCCUGUUAAAACACCUGUUCCUAAGCCUGUUUCUCCAAAAUCUGCUCCUGUAAAAUCACCAGUUCCUAGGGCUACGUCUCCAACAUUUGCUCCUGUAAAAUUACCGGUUCCAAAGAUUAUAUCUCCAACACUUGCUCCGGUGAAAUUACCAGUUCCUGAAGCUAUAUCUCCAGCAUUUGCUCCUGUUGAAUCACCGGCUCCAGUGAUUGCAUUUCCAGUAUCUGAUCCUUUUAGAUUUCCUGAUCCCAUAGUUACAGCUCCGAUAUCUCCUCCAGUGAAACUACCAAGUCCACGAGUUAAACCAUCAUCAUUAGCUCCUGCAAAAUUACCAAUCGCCAAGGUUUUACCACCACCAUCUCCUCCUUUGAAAUCACCACCUCCCAUUACGAAUAGUGCAUCAGGGUACCAUAUGCAAGGGAAAAAGAUAUGGUGGAGUACUGGAGUAGCUAUUUCCAUUUUGUUAUCUGUCAGCAUUUGAGACGAGCACCAGCUGCUAUAUAAGUCUUAUGUGACCACAAUGGAUUCACCCUAAAUGGCUAUUGGGUUUGGAAAAAGUUGAAAAGUCAUUAUUAUAACUCAAAAGUGAUAAAUUGUGAUCAUAUUGUUUUUUUCUUUGCUUCAAAUACGAAUGAAAGACCUUCUGAAUUAUUUAAUAAUCAGGAAAUUCAGCAACUUCUGAAGACCAUAUGUGUUUGACUAAGAACCUUGAUUUGAUUAUAAGUUAAAACUGAAUUUCACAUUUCAGAGAGGGAGUAUAAUUAAGAUAUCCAUGUUUGAUAUGGAAAAUCCGAGAUGA